AAUGUCUAUAUAUCCCCUAUUGCCGAUUUGCGUACUUGUGGAUAACUUAAUAUUAAAAUGGAGGAGAUAUCAAGUUUAGAUUCAUUUCAAACGGACGAAGCAAAUUCAUCUGCUCGACCAGAGUCUGAAAAUACGCAACAUUCUUAUAAAGAUGUGGAAGAAAAUACAGGGCAUGGAGGUGGUGGGGCGGGGGGUGCCAAAGAAAGUAACGCACCAGAUGAAGAAGGUGGGGCAAAUGAAGACGAUUUCGAACAAAUCUCAGAAGGGACAUUUGAAGUAGAUGAAAAUUCUCGUGCCACUUCAGCAGGUCCACCACCAGAUGAAAAUGCAGAGGGCGGUGGAAAAGGAGAACGAAGAUGAAGGAGGAGAAUCAAGAGAUUUGAAGAAGUUGAUGCAAAUGUAUCGGGAAAUAAUCCCAAUGUUGAAGAAUCAGAUAUGUUGGGAGAGGCUGACAACACUUUGCCGCAGUCUGUGAUGAAGAUGACAAUGCCAUGGACACUCAAAUAUAAGUCUUAUGAACGUAACGAUAAUGAGCAACAGGAUGAGUCUAUGGAACCUCUGCAGCAAGAAGCUGACGACGACGAUAGGAGGAAGGAGCAGAUCAACAAGAGAAUUCUAAUGAAAACAAGGGAUGAUGAGGAUAAUGAGGAUAAUGAGGAAGGUGACAAACCUGUUGAAAAUGUACAAGAACCAGAAGAAUCUGAUGUUUGCUUAAUACCUGACGAUACAGAAUCAACAGUUACGGACGCCGAAAAGGAAUCAGGCUAUAUUAGCUCGUGAAAUGCGGAAAAGAGAAGCGACGAGAAAGAAAAUAAUUCCGAAAAGAAUAAAGAUGAUGGCGAUAAGAAACAAGUGAAGACAACUGAAGCUGGCUCAUAUUCUCACGAAGCGCGUGCUCAAGCUAAUAAAGAAGCUGGAGCCGAAGCUCAAGGCAAUGAAAAAUCAAUCAAAUGUAAAUUAUUAUCAAUAUUCAAAAUUACAGAGAAUAAUUCCAACGAGAAUCCCGAUGGCGAGGAGCCGCUCUUAGAAGAACUCCACUCAAGUACAAAUGAAGCCAGUAGUGGAACGAAACAAUAUUUCCUGGAUUGUGUAACCACCACGCAAAAGUGUGUGCAGUGUAAUGAAGAAAACUGUGGUUUUCGUUUCAAAAAUCCCGAUACUUCAGAAUUUGAACAUUUAUGUGAUCAUACCUGUUCCACAUUAUUUAUGGAAGCAAAUGCUGGCAAAUAUUUUAUACGUCGUAAAAGUUCUUGAUUGAAGAAACUACCGGCUAGCGAAGACACUGAUGCCAAUAAACAUUCUUGUUUACAAUGUAAAGAGGAAAAAACGUGUAAAUAUUUCUUUAAAACAAGACGAUGACACUUUUACAUGUGUAACGAUGAUUGUUUCAAUCUACUAAUUGCCGAAGAGCCAGAGAAAUUCAAACUUAAGAGACACUCGAUUAGAGUACGCAAUAUCGGUGCUACCACCAUUUAUGAUAAUGGCAAAAAAUCCGGCGAACCUGAGUCGAGAGUAGUUGCUCGUACAUCGGCUGAAGCCGAAGCGGCUCGUCUAGAAAGAGCAGCUAGUUUUGUGCGCCGUUGUGCCGAUUGUUUCUCAGAAAUAACACUGGGCGACAAGAAUCUAUGGGAAACUAUGGAUUUUUGUAAUGAAAUUUGUUUGGGGAAAUAUCCGCGUACAAUUGGUGCCAAUUGUCAAACGUGCCAUGGAGAUGUUCCACACCCCAGCUUGGGCAAAUAUUGUGUGCGAUUUGGCUUUGAUGUGCGUCAAUUCUGUUGUGCAGCUUGUUUGAAUGAAUUCAAAAAGGGCUUGAAAACAUGUUCCUGUUGCCAGAAAGAUAUUUCAUCCGGUAAUGAAGGGUUCUUGGCCCCAGUAGGCGAUAAAGAACAGUUUAAGGAUUUCUGUUCUCAGUCCUGUAUGCGACGCUAUGACAAUAUUGCCAAUCCCAGAAGAAACAUGCGCAGCGAUGUAUGCGCGGUGUGCAAUAAUGAUAAAACAGUGCGCGUUGAAAUUAUUCUAGAUGAUAAAGAACACAAUUUCUGUUCAAAUCCCUGCUUUUCAGCUUUCAAAUUUGUCAGCAAUAUUGUGGCGGAUCAGUGUGGCAUGUGUUGCAAAUAUUUCGAGCGUAAAUCUACCGAAUCCUUUACCAUUUACUCGGAAAAACGUGCAAAGGUAUUUUGUACACGUGUCUGCCUUAACAUUUACAUAGUGCUCAAUCGUCGCAUCGUCUCCUGUCAAUGGUGUAAAGUGAAAAAAUAUAAUUUCGAUAUGAUUCUCAAACAGCAGGAUAGCCAGGAAGUUCAGAUGUGCUCCCUUAACUGUCUCACCCUGUAUGGCGUUUCGAUUAAUGCGUUUUCGCGCACUGUUACUAAAUGCGAUAAUUGCACAAAUAUGGCUACACCACAGUACCAUUUGACCAUGUCCGAUGCUUCUAUGCGUAAUUUUUGUACAUAUCAAUGUGUUAUGCAGUUUCAAAGUCAGUUCGCUAGAACUCCGCUUACCUUGGAGGCUGACAGUAAUCCUAAGUCAUCGAAUGUAUCGACUUCAAGCCAUCAAUCAAGCGGUAAAUCGGGUAAGGGAGCAGCACCAUUUCCAACGGGAUUGCCGAAACGUGUAAAACUGAAGGGUGAUCUCAACAACCAUCAUUGCAUGUAAAGUAAAAAUGAUUAUAUUCGACUGAGCUCAGCUUCCAAACAAAAACAGCCUACGAUGCCAGUAAUAUCAACAGUCUCAUCAUUGGCCAGUGGAGAAACUGAAACGAUGAUUGGUAAUGUUACCGUUAGACGAACCCGUGUACGCGGACGCAAAGCAGAAUCUCCACCACCACCUGCGCCGUCUUCAUCAGCCGUAACAAAUAAUAGCCAACUGAUGAGAGGACGAGCACGUAAAAGCGCCAUUAUUGAGCGUUCACUAACCCCCUCACCGCCCAGAACUAAUAGCAAACGUAGCGGUAGUGGUAGCAAUAGCAGUGUUAUGGAGAAAAUUGUCGAAAAGGUUACCGUACAAACGGAGACUAAGAUUGUUGCUGUCCCGCCGCAUCCGCCUGCUGUAAGAAAUGUAAUGACUAGUUGUAAGCCUCGUACAACUACAGUUGGUAUACAAUCUGAACCCGAAACGGCAACAGUGGGUACACAAACGGACAAGGAUUACUCGAACAAGGUAUUGAUACCUGUACCUGUGCCCAUUUAUCUGCCACAGCCGAUGUACAUUUCGGCACCCUUCCCAGUGCCAGUUCCUAUUCCACUUCCAAUUCCCGUACCUAUCUUUAUACCCACCACCCGUAACUCGGCCCAGGGUAUUAUGAAGGAAAUCAAAAAGAUCCAGGACAAAAUGCCAGCCGAUCCAUUUGAGGCUGAACUUUUGAUGAUGGCCGAAAUGGUAGCGGAAGAGAAACGAGAAUCUGACUCCGAUUCGGAAGAUGAAGUUAAACCAGAUCCAGCAGUUGUAUCAUUGCAAUACAAUAACAGUGUACAGCAGGUGGAUGUGACCAACAACGCUUACGGUGAAGAUGUCUUACAAAUGGCUCUUAAAAUGGCAACUGGGGAUUAUGAUCAGCCAACAAGUACGAUUGAUCUGGAAUCGGCUGUAACAGCUAAUACAAUAACUAAUCCUCCGCCUGGCAUGGUGCAGCACGAUGAUUCGAUGAGCCACAUGAGCGGUCAUCACAUGCAACAGCAACACCACAUGAUGGAUGCUCAAAGAGGUGCUCGUGGCCGUAAACGUGGCGCAUCCGUAGUUUCUUUAGUCUCUCCGCGCAACAAUCGCUCACCCGUUAAACGUCAACGCAUUGAAGAAAUGGAACAAACACCACAGCCACAACCGCAGCCAAUGCAACCUGUCGAAAAGCCAGAUGCCAACAUGUGCUUAAAAUAUACAUUUGGUGUUAACGCCUGGAAACAAUGGGUGAUGACUAAAAAUGCCGACAUUGAAAAGAGUUCGAUGAGAAGACGUCCUUUCAAAACCGAACUACUGCAAAUGACUGCAGAUGAGCUAAAUUAUUCCUUAUGUUUAUUCGUCAAGGAAGUAAGAAAGCCCAAUGGAACCGAAUAUGCUCCUGAUACCAUAUACUAUUUAGUAUUGGGAAUUCAACAAUAUCUUUAUGAAAAUGGACGUAUUGACAACAUAUUUACGGACACUUAUUAUGAACGUUUUACAGACUGCUUAGAUGAGGUAGCACGCAAAUUUUCCGUGCUUUAUAAUGAUUCGCAAUAUAUUGUUACACGUGUGGAAGAGGAACAUCUAUGGGAAUGCAAACAAUUGGGUGCCCAUUCACCGCACGUUUUAUUAAGCACACUUAUGUUCUUUAAUACAAAACAUUUCAAUUUAACUACCGUCGAAGAACACAUGCAAUUAUCAUUUUCACAUAUUAUGAAACAUUGGAAGCGUACUGGUCAAACAGCUAAAACACCUGGUUCGCGUAAUGUCUUACUACGCUUUUAUCCACCACAAGCUGGACUUGACGCCAAUCCCCGCAAAAAGAAGGUUUAUGAACAACAAGAAAACGAAGAGAAUCCCUUACGUUGUCCAGUUCGUUUAUAUGAAUUCUAUUUGUCGAAAUGUCCGGAAAGUGUUAAAACUCGCAAUGAUGUCUUCUACUUGCAACCAGAACGUUCAUGUGUACCCGAUUCACCAGUAUGGUACUCCACCCAGGCUCUCAGCCAAGAAGCAUUGCAGAAAAUGUUACAUCGUGUAAAAAUGGUUAAGGAAAUUAAUAUAGCGCUAUUGACAAGUUAAUCAUCCCAAUUUGAAAAAGAUGUUUUAGCAACGAAAAUACAGCACAUUUAAAUAAAAAUCACUAUGAUUUAAUUGCUGCUUAAAGCGUGCAAUUUUAUAGAAAUACUAAUUCACAUUAUUAUUAUUUUUUUUAAUAUUUUCAUAAUUUUUUAAUGGAAGAAAAUAAGAAAUAUAAAAACAAUAUUUUUUUAAACAGAAAAAAUAUCAAUAAAAAAAGUAAAAACAACACUUAAAGAAAAAUACACAGCAAAUUAAUCAA